GCUGCCUUGGCGGCUGAGUUAUACGCUCGUCCAGACAGCGUAACGUUAGAUGUUGUGUCAAAAAUGCGGAAAGGCUGAAUGUAUAUGCGGUUAAACCGAGCCCUGCUGCUUUAUUUAUACAUGAAAAGAUUAUAUGAAAAGAUAUUCGCUCACUUGUUCUUUGUUUUUAGCUGCCCAGUUGAGCAACGUUAGCUAAGCUAGCCAGGCUAACUCAGCUCCUGUCUAUCAGUGUUUGUUUACUCGGUCACCGAGUCAGUAAGUCAUCAUGAGGAAAGAUGUGGAAGAGGUCGCAGCAGCUCUUGUACGAGAAUAUCUCAGUCGAAAGGGUCUGAAGAAAACGAUUGCUUGUAUGGACGAGGAGCUUCCACGAACGAACUUAAGCAUCAACAACAGGUCAGAUCUGCGCAGAAUCCUUCACUUGGAGAGUCUGUAUAAAAAGAAUAAGUCUGAAGAACACCCACUGAAAUCAAUGCUGGAGAUCAUGGUGAAGGAGCAGAUGAGAAAGAGUGGAGAUGCGAAGAGAUGCCACCUUGUGGACAACCGAACUCUGUCAGCUGAGGAAAAUGUGCCUGGUUCAGCCUCCACUACGAAUGAUGCCUCAUAUAUGUGGAAAGACAGAGAUCUCGCUGGUCAAUAUGGGGAUAGUUUGAGUUUAUCUGAGAGCAGCGGUGCUGUGUCCCAGCUUACGGCAUCUCCAGCAAAAGAAAGUCCUUCACCAAAGAGCUCCAAGAGCAUUUCUCUCUGUGAGAGAGGCAUAUUUCUCCCAUCCUCCAGCCAGGACAGCUUCUUUGCGUCCUCUAAAGUAGGAUUAGGUUCUGAGAGGAAGAAUAGUGAUGUGGAUGUCCAGGGGAGCAGGACCAGCAGAAUGAGGAGAGGCAUCAUGGCAGGCCCCAUUACUACCUCCUCCCAGGAAAACAGCAGGAGACGUCCUGCCCGGAGAACACCAGGCUCUUUGUGUCUAGAUAAGCCUGAAGAUGAUUCAGACAGGGUGAACUGGAUGGGCCAAAGCAGCAGUUUGGAUGCUGGACUCACUGAGGCUGAUGGAACUAGGCCUUUUGAGAGAGCUAGCAGCCUGUCUGUCGGUUCACAUAGACAAAAUAUGGACAGCAGUGAGUUUGACGGAGUGCAUAGAGUCAAACUUCACAAAAACAAAUCAGCUUGCAGUCCAAGAGUGGAUGGUCUCCAUAUGGCGGGACUGGUUCUGGAUGACAUAGAUGAUGAGGAGGACUUACCUGGUCUUUCUACAGUGCUGGUCAACAACUCUUUACCUCAACACAAUUUGAACAAACGUCCCAUGGACCAGCAACUGGCUACUGCCCUGAAGGAGAUCAUAUUCGGUUCUCCCAUGAUGUGUUUCAGCGAGGAGUGGAAACGCCAGAGUUUCACUUUUUCAAAUGCACCUGCUCUGAGAUACGGGAUUGUGCAGAAAAAGGGAGGGCCGUGUGGCGUGCUUGCUGCUGUCCAGGCCACUGUUCUCCAGAAGCUUCUGUUUGAAAGAACCAGCAGUGACUCAUCGUCUGAGAGGCUGCGGGUUUCAGACGCUGUAAGGACGAAGUGCCUGACCGAAGCUCUGGCUGAAAUCCUGUGGAGAGCCGGAGACAGGAAGAAAGCCACUGUUGCCAUAAACUCGGGCAGAAGUCUGUUCAUGCCAGUGGGCCACUACAGAUCCGAGGGAGUUCUUGAGACGAUCACCUGCGUCGAUGUUGAGAGUUUAGAUGACCUAAAAAUGCUGGUAGAACAGCACAUUCAACAGUUUGAAUCAGGUCCCUUCGGCUGCAUCCUGUUCAUCGUCUGCGCCAUCCUUUCCAGAACGAUUCCGAUGGUAAGGAGGGACAUGGACGUGCCCACCUCCACUCUUGUCGGCGCGCACGGCUACUGCACACAGGAACUGGUGAACCUGUUGCUGUGUGGACGGGCAGUUUCAAACGUCUUUGAUGAUGAAAUGAAGCUGGACUCAGGAAAUGGGAACUUCACCCUCCUGAAGGGGAUCAAAGAGCGCUGUAACAUUGGACUGCUCUCUUUGUUUGAGCAUUACAACAUAUGCAAAGUGGGCUCUUACCUGAAGACCCCCAGGUUUCCGCUGUGGGUGGUGUGCAGUGAGAGCCAUUUCAGUGUGCUGUUCUCGCUGUAUGAGGACCUGGCAUCCAGCCCGUGGAGCCCCAGGGAGUUUGACCUGUAUUACUAUGACGGUCUGGCGAACCAGCAAGAACCAAUCAGAUUAACAGUCUAUCCAGGCUCUGCUGUGAAGCCCUCUGAUUCUGAGAACAUGGAUACAGACCUCAUACCCCCUUUAGAGCUCUGCAUCAGGACCAGAUGGGCAGAUGCCGCCGUGAGCUGGAACGAAAGUGAGCCAAUUCUUUGAUCGAACAGAAUAACGGUCAUUAAUCCACAACGACGCUGCUGUUAUGGCUGAAGCUGAACACUAACCAUUGAUGAAUGUAUCGUUUGAUUUCUGUGCUGUUUAUGCAUUUUUAUGUGCUUUGUUUUUUGCGGAUGUAUAACUAGACCUUCAUUGUAUGCUGCUUUUUGUUGCCUCUCUUUUUUGUUCUUGGCCUUCUUUAUUAUUUUUGCCAUACACACGUACACAUUGUUGAGUUUUUUUACUGCUUAUUUAUUAAACAAAUGUUUU